UCCGGGUGGGCGGCACGCGGUGGCUGAGAACUGUACAGCUGCGUUCCCACGCACCCGCAGCCACCGCCCAGUUCGGACUCCGCCGCGCAAGGCUUACCAUACCGUCCCCGCCGCAAGACCCGUUCACGACAAACUCAAGAUGGCUGACUCCGGCGUUACCGACCCCGCUCUUGCUGCUGAGAUCAAGAAGAAGAGGACGUUCCGCACGUUCUCGUACCGCGGCGUUGAGCUUGACAAGCUCCUGGACCUCGGCAACGAGGAGCUCGUUGAGCUCGUACACGCCCGUGCCCGCCGUCGGUUCCAGCGCGGCCUGAAGCGCAAGCCCAUGGGCCUCAUCAAGAAGCUCCGUAAAGCAAAGAAGGAGGCGCCCCCGAAUGAGAAGCCCGCGGUCGUCAAGACCCACCUCCGUGACAUGAUCAUCGUCCCCGAGAUGAUUGGCAGCGUCGUCGGCAUCUACAACGGCAAGGUCUUCAACUCGGUGGAGGUCAAGCCUGAGAUGGUCGGCCACUACCUCGCUGAGUUCUCGUGCUCAUACCGGCCCGUCAAGCACGGUCGCCCUGGUAUCGGUGCCACGCACUCAUCUCGUUUCAUUCCUCUCAAGUAAAUUGGGUGGAGGGCCGCUUUCGUCUAUGUUUGCUUUCCGACUAUCAUGUGCUAUACGACCAAAAGUACUACGUCUCAUGCACCCAUAUGCCAUGCAUGCUCCGCGUAUCCCAUACACCCAAGAUGUGCUGGUUUUUUUGCGGCCCUGAUAGCGUUGUGGGGCGGUAC